CGGCGCGCAGUACAACAUCCGCCAUCUUGUUAUUAUUUUCGAAAAAUCAUUUGUAGGUUGGAUUUUUUUUAGCGGGGAGAAGCCCUCGAGAUUUCUCAAAAAAAAGUGUCCAACUGACCGAAAAAAAAAAAUCGCCCCACCAGCCGAAAUCACAAACCGGAGAUCCAAUUUUUCAUGUAUCGUUUGGAGACACCAGUCAACCGUUGAUACACCAUCCGAAAACAAUUCCCCCGUAUCGAUAAAAAAAAUCAUCAAACGUUGCACCGAUGAUUUGUUUAAUGUUUAAUUGACGAGUGGGACGUGAGGACAAUUAAUUAAUCGAGAUAUUGAUUUUAACCGGAUUAAAAUCAUCGAGUGGAGACACAAUGGCUACGAUGGCUGAACAAGCGUCGAAACUGCUGGACUUCAAUCAGAAGCUGGAUAUAACACUUUUAGACAGCAUUGUGGGAUGCAUGUACACGGGAAUGGGGGAACAGCAGAGGGUUGCACAGGAGGUGCUUACUACUCUUAAGGAGCAUCCGGAUGCGUGGACACGGGUGGAUACUAUUUUAGAAUAUUCACAGAAUCAACAAACAAAAUAUUAUGCACUACAAAUACUGGAACAAGUGAUAAAGACAAGAUGGAAAGUUCUCCCUAGAAAUCAAUGUGAGGGGAUUAAAAAGUACAUCGUAGGCCUCAUUAUCAAGACCAGUAGUGAUCCAGAAACGAUGGAGAAUUCCAAGGUUUAUCUGAAUAAAUUGAACAUGAUUUUAGUACAGGUAUUAAAACGAGAAUGGCCGAAGAAUUGGGAAUCGUUCAUUGGUGAUAUCGUGGGAGCGAGUAAAACCAACGAGAGCCUGUGCCAGAACAACAUGGCCAUUCUGAAGCUCCUCUCCGAGGAAGUCUUCGAUUUCUCCAGUGGACAAAUGACACAGACCAAGGCAAAACACCUCAAGGACACAAUGUGCAGUGAAUUCUCCCAGAUAUUUCAAUUAUGUCAAUUUGUCAUGGAAAAUUCACCAAAUGUACCACUAGUUGCUGUCACUCUCGAGACACUACUCAGGUUUUUAAACUGGAUUCCACUGGGUUAUAUUUUUGAAACGAAGCUGAUCACUACGUUAAUAUUCAAGUUCUUAAACGUCCCGAUCUUCAGGAACGUCACCCUGAAGUGUCUAACGGAGAUAGCAGCAGUGACAGUCACCAACUACGACGACAUGUUCAUCCUCCUCUUCGCGAAUACAAUGCAACAGCUGGAGCAGAUGCUCCCCCACGACACGAACAUCCGAGACGCCUACGCCUUCGGCCAGGACGAGGAGCAGAACUUUAUCCAGAACCUGGCAAUGUUCCUCUGUACUUACCUGAAAGAGCACGGCCAGCUAGUGGAGAAGAAGCAGCUGAACGAGACCCUUCUGAAAGCCCUCCACUACCUCGUCCUGAUCUCCGAAGUGGAGGAAGUCGAGAUUUUCAAGAUCUGCCUGGAGUACUGGAACGGUCUGGCAGCAGACCUCUACAAGGAGAAUCCCUUCAUGUCAUCGUCACCCCUCUUCAUGGCUAAAAACAACAUGACAAUUCCACCGAGAAGAGCCUUCUACUGUCCAGUCCUCACGAAAGUCCGUUACAUCAUGAUUUCGAGAAUGGCUAAGCCUGAGGAAGUCCUCGUGGUGGAGAAUGAAAACGGUGAAGUUGUUCGUGAAUUCAUGAAGGACACGGACUCCAUUAAUCUCUACAAGAAUAUGCGUGAGACCCUGGUUUAUCUCACCCACUUGGACUAUGCAGACACUGAAAAAGUCAUGACAGAGAAACUCCAGAACCAGGUGAACGGUUCCGAAUGGUCCUGGAAGAACCUGAACACCCUCUGCUGGGCGAUAGGUUCGAUCUCCGGUGCAAUGCACGAAGAGGACGAGAAGCGUUUCCUAGUGACAGUUAUAAAAGAGCUGCUGGGUCUGUGCGAGCAGAAGAAGGGAAAGGACAAUAAAGCGAUAAUCGCCUCAAACAUAAUGUACGUUGUGGGCCAGUACCCGAGAUUCCUCCGAGCCCACUGGAAAUUCCUGAAGACAGUGGUCAACAAACUCUUCGAAUUUAUGCACGAAACCCACGACGGUGUUCAGGACAUGGCCUGCGACACAUUCAUCAAGAUAGCCCUGAAAUGCAGACGUCAUUUUGUACAGACCCAAGUGGGUGAGUCUGUUCCGUUCAUCGAGGAAAUACUCUCAACAAUCAGCAGCAUAAUUUGUGACCUUCAGACCCAACAAGUCCACACAUUUUACGAGGCUGUUGGCUACAUGAUAAGCGCCCAGGUGGACGAUCUCACCCAGAAAGACAGAAUUGAACGUUACAUGUUGCUACCAAAUCGCGUAUGGGAUGAAAUUAUCAGUCAGGCAUCGAAGAAUGUCGAUGUACUGAAGGAUCAGGAGGCUGUUAAACAGCUUGCCAGCAUUCUCAAGACCAAUGUCAGAGCGUGUAAAGCCCUUGGACAUCCCUAUGUUAUGCAGUUAGGUAGAAUAUAUUUAGACAUGUUGAACGUAUACAAAGUUAUGAGUGAGAACAUUAGUGCUGCUAUUGCUUUAAAUGGUGAAAUUGUUAUGAAACAGCCCUUGAUAAAGAGUAUGAGAGUUGUAAAGAAGGAGACACUCAAGUUGAUAUCAGACUGGGUCAGCAGAUCCAACGAUCACCAGAUGGUACUGGAGAACUUCAUUCCUCCACUGCUUGAUGCUGUACUACUGGACUAUCAGAAGACAAAUGUCCCCUGUGCCAGGGAGCCUGAGGUGCUCAGUGCAAUGGCCACUAUUGUUAAUAAACUCGAGGGACAUAUCACCAGCGAGGUGCCCAAGAUAUUUGAUGCUGUUUUUGAGUGCACGCUGGAGAUGAUAAAUAAGGACUUUGAGGAGUUUCCAGAGCACAGGACUAAUUUUUUUCUACUACUCCAGGCUGUCAAUGUCCAUUGUUUUCCGGCUUUCUUGUCUAUUCCACCGGCACAAUUUAAACUUGUGUUGGACUCCAUCAUCUGGGCAUUUAAACAUACAAUGAGAAAUGUUGCUGAUACUGGACUGCAGAUUCUUUAUCAGUUACUUCAGAAUAUUGAAUUGCAUGAGCAGGCCGCCCAGAGCUUCUAUCAGACGUACUUCACGGAUAUUCUUCAGCAUAUAUUCAGUGUUGUUACGGAUACGUCGCAUACUGCUGGGUUAACUAUGCAUGCCACUAUUCUUGCGUAUAUGUUCACGCUGGUUGAACUCGGGAGGAUCCAGGUGCCACUUGGGCCGGCCCCUGACAACAGGAUCUAUGUGCAGGAAUUUGUUGCGAGACUACUUAAGGCUGCAUUCCCACAUCUCACGGAUAAUCAGAUCAAGAUCACGGUGCAGGGGCUUUUUAAUUUGGAUCAGGAUAUUCCGGCGUUCAAGGAACAUCUCAGGGAUUUCCUCGUGCAAAUCAGGGAGUACACAGGUGAAGAUGACUCGGAUCUUUACCUCGAGGAACGAGAGACAGCCCUUCGACUUGCCCAGGAGGAAAAGAGAAGACAACAGAUGGCUGUACCAGGCAUUCUCAAUCCCCACGAAAUGCCCGAGGAGAUGCAGGACUGAAUCAUUCACACAUCCCCCUUGUACCUCAAUUCGAAACUUCAUCCCCCUGUUCCCCUUUACUACCGCAGCCCGUCAUCAACUUUCCACUAGUUCACAUCUUGAGAAUGAAAAACGAAAAAUGGGAAAACAAACAGAAAACAUAAACUGAGAGACGUUUUUUCGUUAUCCUUUGCAAUCGUCCCACUGCCUCGUCUUCACGAAGUGAAGGGGGGUGAAAUCAUUGGCUGAAAAAAUUCCAAAUUGCGAAUUAAAUUAGUUUUAACAAAUGUGAAAUAGAUUUUUCUUUUCGUUGAGGAGGUAAGCCCUUUUCCUCGUUUUGUCGAUAAUUUUCUUAUUUUUUCAUUACUAUUUUUCUCUUUUCUAUUGAUAAAAUGGUUUUUUUGUGGUUGGACAGUACGAAAUGCUAAUGUUAGUGGGGAAAAUGAUUCUUGUGAGUCGUGAUGACUAUAUUUCACGUUGAAAAUUAGUCUGAAUGGAUUCUAGAUGAUUAUGGUCUACUGCCAGUGAGAGAUGAGGCGUAAUUUUGAUGAUUGAAGUGGAACAUUAAUUAGUAAUAUUGUGAGGCAGAAUUUUUGUACUUUGUAAGAUUGGUUAAUGAAAUGGAGAUGAAUAAUAAUUGUAAUAACUGUCCCAGUAAUGAGGUUUAAGGAGAUGUUGAAUUAUUUUCUUUUCCUUUGGGAGUCGAUCGACGUUUGUAGUUCUCGGAGGUAAUUAAAUGGUUGAGUGUUUACGACGAAUAUGGUUUUUUGAAUUGCACGAUUUUUUUCUUGGGUGUGGAUGGAUGUUAUCGGGUUAUUAGAUUAUUUUUGGGAUGGGAAAUGUCAAGGGACUUUUAUUGAAUCAUUAGUGUCACAGAUAAUUGCGAAUUAGAUGAAAAAUGUUUGAAAUCACGAUUACAAUCAUUUUUACAUUUUGUCAGUUAUUAAAUUAUCUCUGUAACGAGUGUAUUUAUAAGAAAGGUUCGGGACCUUUCUCAAUAAAUCGAUUACUUUUGGAGAUAUUCUCAUUUUUCAUGAAAAAAAAUCAAGGAGUCUAAAAAAAUUUUUUUUUACAUUCUGUUAAUCAUUAAAUUAUCUCAGUAAUUAAUGAGUUUAUCAGAGAAUAUAAUUGAGUUCCAUUAAUUCCAGAGAUAAUUCCAUAUUCAACAAGAAGCGUUUGAAAUUUAAAUAAAAAAAGAUUCGAUCUUUUCCAUUUCAUUAAUAAUUUAAUUAUCUCAGUAAUGAAUAAAUUUUUAAAAAAUUGUAAAAGACGUUCCCCACAAAACACAUGUGACUUCUCGUCUAAACCCACUCCUUGAAAUAAUUUAAAUUCCCAAAAAAUCUCAUUUAAUCCACUCCAAUCACCGAAUAAAUCUCACCAUUCUAAUUAAUUUUCUUUCCAAUUAGUGCAAUCAAUCCUCGAGCUUGCCUCCUCCAACAAACUCUUCCAAGAUGUGUAAGUUAUUCCCUACGCAUUUAUAAACUAGUGAUCUGAUGACUCUUAAUUUUCCCCAUAAUUUUUCAACUUAAAAAAGAGGUAAACAAUUUUUAAUUGCAUAUUUCGUAUAUAUUUUAGUGCCUAAAACCGUAACAACAUUAUUCUUCGUUAGAUUAAUGAAAAAUUCUUCACAGUUCGAUAAACAACCCAUGGAGAACCGUAAAAAGAACAAUACGACUGAUAAAAAAUCCAGUUAGUAUUAUUUUUAGGAGGAUUGCAGAUCAAUUAGGGACGUGUGAACACCUGUGUGGAUUGAAAUAUGCUUUGAGCUGCUUUUCUUUCUUGAGGAUGAACCAUCGAGUAGAUUUUUUAAGAGAUUAGAAGAGAUACGAUGAACAUUAGAGGAUAUUACGAAUGAAACGAUUUAAGGAUGGGGAAAAACUGUGACGAUCGUGUGAAAUCAGUUAGUGCAUAGUGUUUUUGAUGGGACUAUACAUAUAUUAAUUAAUCAUUAGUAUGUCAAUGUCAUGAGAGAACGAGUGAGUGAGUAAGUACGAGUUUUGAUGAAAAAGUUCUAUCAGUUUAUCCAUUAUAACGAGAAAUGAGUAAGAAGUAUGUAAAGAGUUUAAUAUUACUUACUAAUAAAAAUAAAGAAUUCAUA